AUGAGUCUCCAGAAGUUCCUGCCUUCUCAGAAUAUGGACGAUGGGAAGUGGGUUGAAGAUCGAGUGGUUACAAAUGGAGAGCAGGCAUACCGUGGUAGUUUCAGAAAGACGCGCAUGAAGGGCUACACACAAGAUAUCGAAGUCGGCGAGCAAGAAACGCCGGACCUCAAGCAUUGGUGCCAAGAAUUCGGUGAAGACAGAAGCUGGUUGAAGAUUUUCCGCGUAGAGAGAAGGCUUCUAGGAUUGAAUGAGCAGGAGAUCAGAGAGGGAUUGGAGGAUCUCGUUCGGUCUACACAUUACCGGGGCCACCUCGAUAUUUCCUUCCCAGUCGGAGACAGGAAUGUGGAUAUCUACUCGCCACACUGGAUCAACCGAGCUCGAAUCUCCUGGGUCCGCUGGAUCUUCUACCUCACCUUCCUCUGGAUCAUCACCUGGCCCAUUCUCUUCUUCAUGACCAAACGCUGGGAGGCCUUCAGCGUGUGUUGGAAGUUCUCUAGCCCUCAUCGCGGGGGCUCAGGACGGAAUGUCCUGACCUGGGCCUCUCUCCGCGAAACGCAAUGGCUCCAGAAACACAGAAAUCUCCUCUUGAAUUUGGUCUUGGAGAAGUUUGAAGGUGAUGGCACGGAUCUGCCGACGGAGGUGGAAGUCAGGCGGGGAGAGGUCAAUACGGGGAAUGCGAACAUGAAUUCUGCGCUGAGAUUCAUGCAGGGUGGCGCUGAUAUCUGGAACUCGGUGAGUGGGCAGGGUGGUGGAAGGGCGGGUAGUGAAAUGGGUUGGGGUAUGGAUUCGAGGUAUUGA